AUGGCCUCCAAUUGUGGAGAAAUUAAAAUUGAGGGAGCACAAGAAUUGGAGGAGGCCAAACCAAAGAGGUUGCAGUCUGGUAGAAAGGAGUGGCCGGUUGGGUCAAAGGCUGUGGGGAUCACCAUGGUCACAGUGACAGACGAUGCCAUUUGUGACUUUGAACAGCAGCAUUUCUUUAUUAAGGACCCGCUGCUCCAACGUCUCCUGGGCCGGUAUGUUCAGGGAGGGUAUGUGAAUAAUCUGGAUCAGUUGAGUGUGAAGGAGGAGCAGCCAGAUAUGCAGAAGAGAUAUCUCAGAUUGUUAUGGUUUAAGGGUGAUAACAGAGAUGGGAAGGGGUAUGUCUGUACAGAGAUUAAAGACAUGAGCUCACUAAUCAAAAGGUUCAUUUCAUUGAGAUUUGUUUCUGAACCUUCGGACACUGUCACCGUGCGAGGCGGGUCUUUCCUCCUGAACUGCUCGGCAACAGCAGAUCAGGGACCAGUGAAUAUUGGGUGGAGAAAAGACGGAGUCUUCUUAAACCUGGCGGUGGAUGAGAGGCGACAACUGAUGCCGGAUGGAUCCUUAAUGGUACAGAACGUGGUCCACACAAGGCACCAUCGACCUGAUGAAGGACUGUACCAGUGCGAGGCCUCGGUGCUGGGGGCUGGAUCAAUAGUGAGCAGGACAGCUCGGUUAACUGUGGCAAGUCCACUGAGGUUUAUCUCACAGGCAGAGUCGGUUGCUGCUUAUGCAGGAGAUGUCGCUGUGUUGAAAUGCGAAGUGACUGGUGAGCCAAUGCCUUCCAUUCAUUGGCAGAAAAACCACAUCGAUCUGCAGCUAAGUGCUGAUGACGUCCGCAUGGCUGUUCUCCCCUCUGGAUCCUUGGUGAUCAGUAAGCUGCAUGCAGGGGACAGCGGGUCCUACCGUUGUCUUGCAGAAAACCCCGGAAGCUCAAGGACCGGAAAUGAUGUUGAUGUUCAGGUUCUGUCCGAGCCUGGCAUGCGCAGACAAGUUACAUUCAUUCAGCGACCCCAAAACACAGCUGUCCUGGAAGGAAGAGAUGGGGUUAUGGAGUGUUGUGUUUCUGGAUUUCCAGCACCGACAAUCACAUGGAAAAAAGGGGAUGAGAUUGUUCAGAUCAGGUCCAAGAAGUACUCAUUAUUGGCUGGAAGUAACUUACUCAUCAAGAGUGUAACCGAACAAGACUCUGGGUUCUAUACAUGUGUUGCCAACUAUGAGAAUAAGACGUUCGGUGCAUCAGCAGAGUUCACUGUGAUGGUUCCACCGAGCUUUCUAAAGCGUCCUUCCAACUUGUAUGCUUAUGAGAGUAUGGAUAUUGAGUUUGAAUGUGCAGUUACUGGAAAGCCAGUGCCUACUGUAAGAUGGAUAAAGAAUGGGGAAGUGGUCAUUCCCAGUGAUUACUUCCAGAUUGUGAGUGGCAGUAACCUGCGGGUGCUGGGCUUGGUGAAGUCAGAUGAGGGUUUUUAUCAGUGUGUGGCAGAGAAUGAUGCUGGGAAUGUGCAGACGAGCGGACAGCUUAUCAUUCCAGAACCUGCCUUACCAAGUUCCAGUGUCCUUCCCUCUGCCCCUCGUGACGUGGUCCCUGUCCUGGUCUCCAGCCGUUUUGUCCGACUCAGUUGGCGCCCACCAGCCGAGACACAUGGAAGUAUCCAGACCUACACAGUUUACUUCACCAGGGAAGGCGUUAACAGGGAGCGGGCAUUAAAUACUUCACAGUAUGGAGACUUGCAACUUACUGUUGGAAAUUUGAAGCCAGAAACAACAUAUGCAUUUAGGAUCAUAGCCUACAAUGACUUUGGACCAGGACAGAGUUCACAAUCAAUUAAAGUAUCUACUCAGCCUGAGCUACAAGUUCCAGGACCAGCAGAAAACUUUAAAGUUAUCUCCACCUCACCGACCUCUAUUUUUGCCUCCUGGGAGCCGCCUGCUUAUGCAAACAAUCCAAUCCAAGGCUACAGGCUGUUUUGGACAGAGGUCACUGGCAAAAAGAACAGCAUCGAUGUGGAUAAUUUGUUCUAUAAACUGGAAGGACUGAAGAAGUUCACUAAGUACAGUUUACGAGUUUUGGCUUUCAACAGACAUGGACCAGGUGUCUCUACCCAGGAUGUGUUGGUUAGCACACUCUCUGACGUGCCCAGCGCAUCGCCUCAGAAUGUUUCACUGGAGGUGGCAAAUUCGCGAAGUAUAAAGGUCAGCUGGCUGCCACCACCAUCCAAUAUGCAGAAUGGCUUUAUUACUGGAUACAAAAUCAGACACAAAAAGAUUGGCCGCAGGGGUGACAUGGAGACCCUGGAGCCUAACAAUCUUUGGUACCUCUUUACAGGUCUGGACAAAGGUGCACAGUACAGCUUUCAAGUUGCAGCCAUGACUGUGAAUGGAACAGGCCCAUCCUCUGACUGGUUCACAAUAGAAACACCAGAGAAUGAUCUAGACGAAUCCCAGGUUCCUGACCAGCCAAGUUCUCUUCAUGUCAGGCCUCUGACAACGAGCAUUGUGAUGAGCUGGACUCCACCAUUAAACCCAAACAUAGCAGUCCGAGGUUACAUCAUUGGUUAUGGAGUGGGCAGCCCCUACGCUGAGACUGUGCAGGUCGACAGCAAGCAGCGAUAUUUUUCCAUUGAAAAUCUAGAGCCAAGUUCUCAUUAUGUCAUUUCUUUGAAGGCCUUUAACAACGUGGGGCAGGGAGUCCCUCUGUAUGAGAGUGCCACCACCAGGGCAUUGUCAGAUCCUGUUGAUCCCUUAGAUGUUGAUUUGUUUCAUUUGUUCGAUGACCUCCCUACCUCAGUCCCAGAUACCUCCACCCCCAUGUUACCACCUGUAGGUGUCCAAGCAGUUGCAGUCAGUCAUGACUCCGUCAGGGUCAGCUGGGCGGAUAACUCAGUGCCUAAAAACCAGAAGGUAACAUCAGACAUCCGCUUUUAUACUGUUCGAUGGAGAACAAGCUACUCUGCUAAUGCUAAGUACAAAUCUGUAGAGGCAACAACGUUGAGUCACACAGUUACAAAUCUCAAACCCAACACCAUGUAUGAGUUCUCUAUCAUGGUAACCAAAGGGCGGAGGUCAAGCACAUGGAGUAUGACAGCACAUGCGACAACGUAUGAGGCUGCUCCUACCUCAGCCCCAAAGGACCUGACUGUUAUUAGCAGGGAAGGAAAGCCUCGAGCCAUCAUCAUUAGCUGGCAACCGCCAUUGGAGGCCAAUGGAAAAAUUACAGGGUAUUCAUUGUUUUAUACAAUUGAGAAGAAUGCACCAAUCGAUGAAUGGUUAAUGGAGAUAGUCAGUGGUGACAGACUGACCCACCAGAUUCUGGAUCUCAACUUGGACACAGUCUACUACUUCCGGAUCCAAGGGCGAAAUGCCAAGGGCCUGGGGCCACUAUCUGAUCCUAUUCUAUUCAGAACACCCAAAGUUGAACACCCUGACAAAAUGGCUAAUGACCAAGGAAGGAGUGUACAUGGAGAUGGAGCAUUUUGGCCAGCAGACACCAACUUAAUCGACAGGAGCAGCUUAAAUGAGCCGCCAAUUGGUCAAAUGCACCCACCUCACGGCAGUGCAACUCCUCAAAAGAAUGGCAAUCUACUGGUGAUCAUCGUGGUCUCCAUUGGUGCAAUAAUGGUUGUGGUGGUCAUUGUUGUCGCUGUGAUUUGCACCCGUCGAUCUUCAGCACAGCAGAGGAAAAAACGUGCAGCACAUAGUGGUGGCAAGCGAAAGGGCAGCCAAAAAGACUUAAGACCUCCAGACCUCUGGAUACAUCAUGAAGAAAUGGAGAUGAAAAAUAUUGAAAAGCCCUCAGGACCUGAUCCAUCUGUGAGAGAUUCACCCAUGCAACAAAGCUGCCAGGAUAUAACACCUGUCAGCCACAGCCACUCAGAGAAUCAGCUCACCAGUAAAAGCGGUUCCCAUUCAGGUCAUGAUCCUGAUGAAGCUGGAAGCAGUAUGUCAACAUUAGAACGAUCUCUGGCAGCUCGAAGAGGAACCCGACCCAAACUGAUGAUUCCCAUGGAUUCACAGCCCAACAAUCCAUCUGUUGUCAGUGCGAUUCCUGUUCCAACACUAGAAAGUGCCCAAUAUCCUGGCAUCCUGCCGUCUCCAACAUGUGGAUAUCCACACCCACAAUUUCCAUUGCGUACCAUGCCGUUUCCAACGCUAGCAGUUGAUCGAGGAUAUGGACCAACCAUGAGCGAGGUUCAAACAACACACCUCCAGCAGCCUGCCAUGCUAACCCAAACACAGCCUGAGCAUCCAACAGGUGAGGAGGCCCCGAGCAGAACAAUUCCUACAGCCUGUGUCCGGCCCACUCAUCCUCUGCGCAGCUUCGCAAACCCCCUGCUACCUCCACCUAUGACUGCACUGGAGCCCAAAGUUCCUUACACACCUCUUCUCUCUCAGCCAGGUUCUAAUCUCUCGCUGAGUCAUGGUAAGACAGCCUCACUGGGAUUGGCCGGGAAAGCGAGGUCACCACUGCUUCCUGUUUCUGUCCCAACAGCCCCAGAGGUCACAGAGGAGAGCCACAGGACAGAGGAGCAAUCUAAUGUGUAUGAGCAGGAUGACUUGAGUGAGCAAAUGGCCAGUCUGGAGGGCUUAAUGAAGCAGCUGAAUGCCAUCACAGGCUCAGCAUUCUAACCACCAUCACUACCUGCUAGAGACAUAUCAACCAGGAGCCAGG